CGGACGAGCGAGCCAGUGGAUGGGACGGGACCGGUUGACAGAGUUCAGAGUUCCUUUACGGUGAUGUCUCGUCGUUCAUUUUACUGUGCUGUCGUGCGUAGUGUCAGCCCGUCGGAAAAUUUGCAAGAGAGCCACGCGUCUGCGACAACUCCAUCGUUGACGGGGAAAGCAACGGCAACGUAAAUCGAGUGUAAUCAGCGGGCAGUGUGUGGUGCUGCGGAGCAGGAGACGAUGAGGGCCGGAGGGAUAAUUCGGGUGGCGACUUGAGGGCAGAAAUGUUGAAGUUUGGCAGCAAGAGCGACGUUACGGUGGUGCAUCGCGCCACUAUUCGACUCCUGGAUGACGCCGAAAUUAUCCACUGUGACUUUCAGCCUCAGGACAAGGGGAAAUACAUCCUCGAAUAUGUAUGCAAUCAACUUAAGAUCAAGGAAACGGAUUAUUUCGGACUUCGAUACGUGGAUCACUGCAGACAGAGACAUUGGCUAGACCUGGCUAAAACGGCAAUUAAGCAAGUAAAAGAUAUGGACCCGAUCCUGUUCACCUUUCGUGUAAAAUAUUAUCCGCCGGAUCCUCUGAGGCUACACGAAGAAAUAUCCAGGUAUCAGAUUUAUCAGCAGCUCAAAAGGGACCUUCUUCAUGGACGACUGUGCUGCAGUCCAGGUGAAGCAUCGCUGCUGGCGGCGUGCAUUGUGCAAAGUGAACUGGGAGAUUAUGAUCCCGAGAUUCACGAGGGAAAUUAUAUUUCCGCGCACAAACUGCUGCUCAAACAGACGGAGACUAUCGAGGAGAAAGCUAUGGAGCUGCAUCAAACACAGUUAAAAGGAUUCACGCCAGAACAAGCAGUAACUCACUUCCUUAGGUUAGCCUCUCAGUUGGAUACGUACGCUGUUGAUCCGCAUCCCGUUAAGGACCAGAAAGGUGUACAGCUCUACCUUGCUAUUAAUCACUGUGGCAUUCUAACAUUUCAAGGAUUUCGAAAAACACAUCAUUUCCGCUGGCCGGAGGUUCAGAAGAUCAACUACGAAGGGAAAAUGUUUAUCGUGCAUUUGACAAUUAGCGAGGACGUGAGGACGAAGAAAAAGCACACUGUUGGGUUUAAGUGUCCCACGGGGUCUAACUGUCGCCACAUAUGGAGAUGCGCCAUCGAGCAAAUGUUAUUUUUCACAUUAUCCAGUGCGUCGGACGCGCCGGUCGUCAGCGGAGGAUCCAUAUUCUCCUGGGGCACGAAGUUUAAAUACACGGGGCGAACGGAGAAGGAAGUGCUAGAGGAGAUGAGCCCUCGUCGGAAGGAUGAAGAUUCACCUACGGACCGAUGCCAAACUUCGUGUGUCAGAAGAAAAGCCAGCAGCGUACCAGCCACGCCGAGCACUCCUAGUCAAGACCUCGUCGAAAUAAGAUACUCCAGUCUGCCGCGAAGCUGCCAUAGCGCAGGAUUAGAUGGUGCCGGAAUGGCAGAGGGCAGUUCGGGAAUUCCGUUUAGCACGCCUUACUGUCCAGACAACACUCUGCCACUUCUGGAAACUGUUUCGGAGGACCAAGAGAUUCAUGCCAGGAGAAACAAUGCCGUAGACGAAAAUGAUACGCAUGCGAGUGCCACCCACAACACCACCGCCACCACCACCACUACCACCACCUCCAACACCACCACAAACCGUGCGAAAGUUAGACUGAAAUUUCCCAAGAGCACGCUGAACCGACCGCAACCGUUGUACAGUCAAAAGAUAGUGAUAGGCUCUGAGGAGUUAGUCGGCCGUGACAUCGAUAACGUCGUCCGGGAGCGUAUGAACGCUCUCGAAAAGAGUCCGAAGGUGGUCAGAUCGACCGCUCUGAUAAUUAAGAGCUCGAAGGUGCCGGCGGCGAGGCUGUCGGCUAGUAAGAGCGACACAUUGUACGUGUAUCCGGCCGCCGAUUCGGGAACGAUCAUUACGACGGUGAUUAAUGGUCUGCACGAACCUAACGCCUGUAAGACGGUCCUGCGUAGGUCCAACGAGCAGGUAAGCAUGCUCGGCCGGCGUGAGAACGAGAUCUCGUCGCGCGGAAACGCUGCCACCACGAAAACGGCUAACGGUUGCGUUGCACCGACGAGAAUUGACGUCGAGGACGUUAGAAACGGCGUCGAAGCGACCAGGCGGCAGGACAGGACAGUCGGUCACGAAGGCGACGCAAACGACUACUACUUCAGAGACUCGUUCGACCAUUCCUCGUCGGAGAGCCAGCUCCUGGACGCGUCCGGCAAACCGCACAGCCGUUCGGUGACGCCGGUACCAAAGAUGCAGAAGCUUCAGAACUCGAAGCUCUGCCUGCAGCAGCAGAUGCACCAACAUCAGUCGCACUCUGCACGCCGGCUGGACAAGUCCAGGCACAAAAGUGUCCGAAUAGUGAAGCUUUUCAUACCGGCGUUUGUGCUGACGGUCACGGUUCUGUUCAUUGUGAUCGUUCUGGUGUUCGAGACAGACACAAUGCUCUUCAACAGCCUACGCAAGACGCCAGAAAUGGUGGCCUUAAGGAACCAAUAUUAUAUCCCAAUCAAGGAGUUCCUGAGGACAAAGCUCGGCCUAUUUUGAUGCGACCCGUCAAUGACCGGGCUAAGGUCGUCCCUUCUUGCUAAGUAGCUCCCUUCAGUGCCAAGUCGAGAGAACGAUCUUGCCUGGACCCGAGGGGCGGGAAUCUAUUCACGCCGUUUCUAUGUCGCGUGUCCUUCUUCUUUCUUUUCCAUCUUUUCUAUCAACUUCGACUUUAUUCUCUCUUUUGUACCGAUUCGAUCGGACCUGUUACUGGCUAAUUAUCAGAGUGGCCCAAGUCUCACCUCAGUUUCUUGAUGCCUCAACUAACGAUUAGGCUGCGGAUGUUCAUGCAAGCUCACUGUUUCCAAGGUUUCAUAAUUUCCUUCGAUUCUACCAAACUUUGAUGUGAAUGUAUACAUUUUCAUAGUAUACCGAUCACUUUCAGCUGCAGUUGGCUACAAUUUAAUCAGUAAACUAUGAACUUCGUGCAUUCAUGCCAAUUAUGACAGUAUAAGCUCUACUGAUUAAAGUUAUCGAAGGAGGACAGAAAUUUUGAUUCGGCUUCUUGUUUCUAUUUUGCAGAAAGAUCCGCAGUCUAUUAAUCAGAAACUAUUCAAGAUUGCAGAUUUCUUAAUAGGAAGCAGGUACAGUAGCAAUUGACUAAGAGCUUGUCUUGUUAGCUGACUAUACGGUAAUCAUUAUCUCACUCGGAGCAUACUUGGAAUUUUGUAGACGCUGCCUAUCUUGGUAGUAGUCCAGUGAUGGUGUCAGCUAACGUGGCACUACUGCAUUUGCUGUGUCGCAAACACGUUACGGAAGGCAUCAAGAGGUAAUUAAUGUGUUGCAUCAAUUUACAUUAUCCUGAUGUGAAAUCAGUUUUGUGAAAUAGUUGACAAUCGCUGAAUGUUGUCAGUCUUGCCAUCAUACGAUCAUAAAAUCUCCAUUCGUUUGCAAUAAGAUGAAAUAUCGCUUUAUCAUUUCUUUACCUUUGUGUUCUUAAAAAUGGCUUGACUUUGUGCAAGCCUGCAGUUUUUCAGUAUUGAUUACAUCAUUUAGAUGAUUUAUGUAGGCCACUUUAUAAUUAGCGGCACAUUACGUCCGACGAGAGUAUUCUUCUUUCAAUCUGUCAUUUCUUAACUGUAUUCGUGAUUACGAAUAUUUAACUCGUUCACAUCGGCUUCAAUCAUAGUUCAAUCGAAAUUUCUCGAGUACUCGUUGAUUUACAAUAUAAUUUUAUAACGUUCAUUUAUAAUAUAGACUUUUAUGACGACACUUCAACUCUUGUUUGCUAACAACCAGACUACGAAUUUUAUGCAUUCACAGCAUACAACGUUGUCUACGAUUCAAUGCAGUAAACAAGAUAAGAAAAUUUAACGAAUUAUUAUUUCAUUUGGAACCCAAUAGAAUCCUUAACAAAGUAAAUUCUGAUUGCUUCUGAUUGUUUAAUAAAUCGUUGUAGUCAACGUGUUAAAUAUUGGUAAUUACUGUAUCCCGCCAAAACAAAUUGAAAAUGUAUAGUAUAAUCUUAUAGAGCUUUGUUGUCGAGAUAUUCGUAUUUGAUGAAACACAGUGAACAAUUCAAUACUAAAUUUCUAAUAAUUUGAUUAUACUUUCGCUUAUUGCUUUACAUUAAGUUAAGUGAUCAUCAAAAUAUAUCAACACCGCCGAUAUAAUCAACAUAUAAAACGGCCUGUUCAACUCCAAUACGACUUUUCGAGAACAAAGAUGCAUAGAUAAGUUCGAUUCUACAUUUCCAAUUUGUGUUUGAACGCGAAAUUACUUUCUUCUCGGUUGUCUCGCUGAUCAUGGGAAACUCUGUGUACCCAUUGGUGGGAAUUACCGCGUCAUUUAUACACCAGGGGUUUCUACCUACGUAUCUUGUUACGUAUUUUGUUACGUGCAGUUUUCGAGGCCGUUGCUGGGAGACUUUGUUGCGAGUUCGAUUGAAUUGCUGUUUUUACGGAUCCGGGAUAGAAGCCGACGUCUGCGUGUUGGACGGCAAUUAUCGCGUAUCGACGAAGUUGUUUACAUGGAUUUCAUCGCAGGAUUAGAAACAAGUGUACACCAGUAUGUUUUGGGACUAGCGAUAGAGCGGUCAGAAGUCUUAGGUAGUUGAUUGCACAAUAUACUUUCACACUCCAUUUACGACGAACGUAUAUUGUAACGUGUAUAGACAUUACUGUAUUUUCUGAUAAAACGAUGUUCGAUACUUGUUAAGGAUCUCGUUUCGCGAAUGCUUGGGACACUAAUCAAUCAACUGCCAGAAACUGAUGUUUUCCAUACGUUGGCGGGUUGCGAACUCCUCAUUGUCCGCAUCCCCGCGUGUUCUCGUUCGUACGUGUACAUUCGUUUGAAAUUCAAUCGCUGUAUACCGAAUGGAAUGAAAUUAAUUCGAUCGAUCCGAUUCGAAAUCGACGUUUGUGUCGUUGCGCGUGUAUCGCUAUUGGAAAAUACAGUGAUUCGAUGGACUCAUUGUGAAAGUAAAUCCAAAGAAGCACCUUAACGUUCAGUUUUUAGUGGCAUGUAGAUAGGGUGUUCUGUAUGUCGAGUAUUAUGUUGCCGGUUCGCCAAUGGUAUAACGUAUAGAACGGAGAAAAAUUACUUGUCUAGGAGUUUAGAGGUCUGUCCUUGUUCUUUUUUUCUUUUAUUUUAUGGAGUACUGAACGAGGUAUGUACAAAAUAGGUUUAUAGGAUUAAGAUACAAUCGGACGAUAUGUAUAAACAAUGUUGUGUACAUUCAUUUGAUACAGUUUCUAUUGAAUUGCUAAUACUGUCAGUAUUCUCUGAUCGAGGCGUGGUCAACACGAUGCUUCUCGACGUUCCAUGUUGAUUAAUAACGAAAAGGUCUCUGUCAUGAUCAGACGGGACUUUUUACUGAUUUCCAUUCUGUUCUGGCCGAUAGUACGUCUAAUAGGAAGAAAUGUUAUACACUGGCGCCUAUAAUACUCGUUUCUUUAUUUCUGUGAUCAAAAAAAGUCAGAGAAAAUUGUUUCGCUGUGAAAAAUAGAAAACGCGAUCAAGGACAUUUCGUUUACUUAUAAAUUGAAUUAUUUAUUGUAACAUCGAGUAAUUUUAAUAUUUAUUGCGGAUUUUCCACUUGGGAAGCAGCAAUUUUUUGAAUUAGCGAAUAAUCUAUUAAUUAUUUUGCGACGAUUUACAAUCAAUUAAGCAAUAAUUUUAUACACACACCAUAAGAAGUUUCUCCUAUUGUUUCGUUAUUACAAUGUUUGUAAAUAAAUGUUUUAUUUGUCACACACUUUUUUGUAUUAUCAGAAAUAGACAUGAGUGUUUAGGUUCCCAAUUUCAGACAUUUGUGCAUGUGCGCCGGAUGUUUAUGUGACGCAUACUACUCAGUAUUUCUUUUGCAAAUGAAUGAUACAACGAAAUACAAAAAUAAUGUUCAUUUGUAUGUUUUGAAAUAAAUAUAUACAAAACAACGUGAAUUUUUGUACGAUUGCAUAAGGUAAGAUUUAUGCUAUUUCUGAUAUCAUUUAUUUACAAAGAUUCUGAGCAAUGCCAAAACAUUAAUAUCCCGUGCACGCACUAUAGUUGACAUUUCGCGAAAUCAAUCUAUGAUAAUGAAUUGCUUCCAAAGAAAUGAUUAAAUCGAUUAGAUAAAAGUAUAAUGAAUAUUUGUAAUCUUCAUAUUUGUGGAGAUGGUGGAAUCGAAAAGAAAAGCGGAAAUCGAGUAUCGGAUUUCCAGUUCCGGCGAGGAUGUCACUGUAGUAGAGCUUCUCGUUUAUUUUUUACGGUACGAUCGACGUUUACAGUACCUGUGCCACCUGACCAUGUCAAGUGGAUUCAUACAAUCAUUUCAAUGAUCUCAUUUUCAAUUGUGUUAUUUGAAACGAUAUCUUGCCAUUUCGCUGUGCGACUGUCAUUCCAUAGUAUUUGAUAGUUUAAAGGAAACCGUGCAAAGAUAGUGUAUCCAACCUGAAGUGAAUACUAGAAAGUAUUUCUCCGAAUCGAUGCUUUUGUAGUUGACUAUUUUUGUCUGGUACAUUCUUCGUAGGAUAAGAUCGUUGCCUUUGGUUCACCGAUUUUCGUUGAUUGUUUCGAUUCGUUGCGUUUGAUUGGCGAGGUUUCUUCGAUCAAUUUUGAGGAGUGCAUACGUCUUCGCAGAAAAACCAAUAUCGACAAAUAACAUCUAUCGUGAAAACAGUGAUCCGUUUUUACAGGUAUCGUCAUGGUAGAGGAAUCGAAUACACAUUAAUCGACGAGAUUAAUCGGCGACAACUUACGUAGUCGGUUCGUUUUUUAAAUGUUUGCUGUUCAAUCUACUCGAAUGGUGUCGGUUAAUAGACUAGUUGUCAUGUUUCGUUAUCGAUUCUUUCUUGAACAAGAACAUCGUUUAGGGAAUAUGUCGAAGCAGCUGUUCGUUGUUCCAUGUAUUUUUAACAUACUGGAUGCUUUGCCAAUUGUAUCAGUUCUGACUUGAGAAAUUUCGAAAUGGAACGAGACCUUCGGAUGGAUCAUGUACGAUUACAUAUUUAAAACGUUUUGACAUUUAAUGAAUCCACUUUCAAGCUAAGUGACAAGAUAUGAUUUCAUUGAUUUUCUUAAACUGACAGCAGUUCUCAAAUACAAUGUUGACUAGAUAGAAUUGUGUGACAUCUAGCAAAAAGUAUUUCAGCGAAAAGUCGAAACAAUCAUAUUACAAACUUAUUAAAUUUAACUACUUUAUAGUUAUAGUAUUGCAAAAAUUAGUUUUAAAUCACUUAAAAUCACUUACUUUAUUCUCAGAAGACAAUUUUAUUGUGAUUAUGUUUCAUUGAACUGUAUAAUUAAAACAGAUAAAAGUUCUCAAAAACCAAAUGUAGCAUACACAAUUUUUUCGAAAAAGUAAAGUGUGCAUAAAUCAAUCUUGCAGUGUGAUCAUUGCACAUUUGAUAAAAUACUUUUUGUUAAUGGUGUCGGAACGUUCCGGCAUAAAAUACAGAAUGAUUGGAUGGACACAAAGUGCAUAAGCACAGAUUUUUGCGAGGCAGGUCACGAUUGCAGCAGUUCUUGAUUAUCGCAAAUGUUUUCUUCGUUUCUAUCGAACGCAUCUUCCUGAAUUGAAUCGAUUACCAAAAGAGAAAGAGCGAGGGGGGAGGUGUAACGAUUCGUGUCGAAUGGCCUAUCGUAUUGCUAACAUAAGCGGAAUACAUUAAAAAAAAAAUAAUAUUGUGCACUCUCGACGCGUCAUCUCGUUCUCGAAUGCAAGUGCAACACGCUCAUGUACAAGCGCACGUUCAAUGAAUACAAAAAUGUAAGUGGGUGUACACUGUUAACGUGAAAACAAACAAACAAAAAAAUAUUACAUAUUUUAUCAUUAAAGAUAACAGGAAACUUAGGCGAAUAUGUAAUAUAUUAUACAUACAUCUUAUUAGCGAGCUAAUCAGUUAACAUUAUUUAUAGAGAUAUUAGGUACAAUUUUAAACGGUCAACGAAAAGCAAUUAUUUAAUAAUUAAAUGUAGCUUGUAAGCAAUUUUAAUGCGUAAGAACGUUAGAGGAAUCUCUGGGGGAAAUUAUGGGAGCAAACUGGUAGUAGGUGAGGGUCAUAUUCUUUUCGCGAUGGCGUCGAUUGUUUUCUUUUUGAAGCUGUGUUACGCUGGAAAUCUUCGUUUUAUCCAUGAUAUCUAGUGCUCAAAUGAAUAGUUUAAUGGUGAUGAACAAAAACUGCAACAUUAUUGUCUGUUUAUCGAAGGAACGUAAAUAUUGAAUAGUGACGUAAAUAUUGAAGUAAAAACUUUGCUCACAGAAAAUUUUAAUCAAUUAUCUCUUACCUUUUAGUUUAGUGCAUUAAAAAAAUCAAUUUUAUUGAUUACUGUGAAUAGAAAUGUAUGUUGGUGACUGAAGAAAUCAUUAUUUAACGGAGAUCUUUGCAAACAAAACAGCUUCUACAUUAUCUCCUAACAUAAAAGAGAAUCGUUUGUUAUAAUUUACGAGUGCUUUUUAUUCCCAUUCCUUUUGUUGUUUAAUUACGUUAUAAUUUUUAUAGAUUUCCUAAACGAGGCGAUUAGUACACGUACAAAUUUUAUCUACACGUUAAUCAUAGCAUGCCUUCAUACAACCUUCUAAAUUUUAUGACUGGAAUUGAGAGUAAAUAAAACAGUUAUCAAUAAUCAAUGCAUAGUUGCCAUAAACUGGUAACCUACGAUCGUAACAAUAGCUCGGAAGAUGCAGAAAAUAUUCUUUAAACAGUAUGGAAAUCAUAUUUGCUGCAAUCAUGCACUUUCUUGAUUGUUUGACAAGAGCCAAUAACAUUCGAUUAAAAUAUUUUUUUAUGGAAGCUUCUUGUAACAUAAUUUCCAAUUUCCAAUAAGAAAUAAAACGUUCUAAUUAUAUGAGGAUGCAUGACUAAUACAUGAUGAGGAUGUACAAGGUGAUCCAACUAGAAUCAAAAUAAUUAUUAAAUUACGUCGCUUAAACAACGGAGAAAAGUAUAGGAAAUAUUUAAAUGUUUUAAUAGUUUGAAAUAUUUUAAUUGACAGACAGUAUAAAUAUUACUGUAUUAAUAUCUUUUUCAUUAUUGUGUUUCUGCAAAACACAAAUCUUAAUUUUAUUAACAAUCAGUACUUUUGCAUUCCUUAAAUAGAAGAAAGGGUUAAUUAGUAAUAUUUUACAAAUAAAAUAACUGAUAUAAACAUUUUGUUAAUAUGAGAAAUGUUUUAUUUAUUUAGUUAAUUAAAAUCUGGAGCACCUUAUUCGACGGUACCGUUGAUUUGCUUAGGGCUUAAGGCAUGUUCGAUAUUUCGAGACGCUUGAUGGCUCGUUGGACGACGACGAUUGUAUUACAAAUCCCUCAGAAUCGAAUAACGUUUCUAGUUUAAUCCAUUACAAUUAAAUGUCAACUAGAUGUUCCAGCACAAAUCGAGCGACGAUAACAUAAGAAACCAAAUUGAAUUUUAUAAAAACUAAAAAAGAAUCAAAAUAGUUCGCGACUCUUCGUAAAUAGUAAUGGUUCCCUUUCGCUGCAAUGAUCAAAUGUAUCUCUUGAGCCCCGCGACGGCGAGCGUUGUUUCUUCGUGUGCGGGAACAACGAAGAAGAAAGGAGAAGAGAAAAUAUGGCUGCUCGCGAAGAUCGAUCGAUCUUCGUUGUUCUCGCGGCUUUCAAUCUCACCCGUUUUCCUGAAAGUGCCUACGCUAUUCUAAACUCUUUUGGAAGCUGCUGUUCGCUGAGUUUUCGAUAAAAAAAAGAAAGAAAAAGAAUUGUAUUCGUCUUCUUACAUUUACUCGGUACACAUCAUCAAUUAAACGAACUCGGGCGGCUUGUCCAAUUACACCCGACACUUAUAGCGGAGAAGGUGAUUGAUACUAUUCAACACCUGCUUUGUGCUUUGAUAAUCAACAGGAAAUUAUUAUAGACUUUGGAUCAUUCUUAAUAAAGUUACCUGUUGACUGUUAGAACGCAAAGAAAACGUUGAAAUUCGUUGGACAAUGUAAUUAAACUGCGGAUGUUUGUGUGUUGUCGCAUGAACAAAUAUACAAAACACGAGAACAGAAAGCCAGCAAUGAAGUUUAUAAAUCAAAUAUUUUAUUUACUUGAUCUUAUCAAGAAGAAUAUUAUCGAAACAAAUACGUUUCGUUUACAAUAUGUUUGUUGAAUGUUUGUAAAAAUUGUUGUGACUCGCAUAAACGUUCGCAGUGUAGUAAUAGAGCCGAUGUUUGUAUUAAGGUACGAGUGCAACGUCCUUUCGAUACGAGAGAGUCAAUCAUCGAACGGAAAUGCUUUGUUCAUUUUAAAACGAGAAGAGACCGAAGAAUUUCCUAUCCGGCGAUAGAGCAUCCAGCGAAGUGUUGAUUAAAAUUCUUUCCUGAAAGAAAGAAAGCCUAUCCGAUGCAGGAACAAUUCUAAGAGAUUAGAACGGUAUCCGUGCAAACUGUUUUAUUAAUUCAUUGGACUGUGAAUUCAUUUUAAUACUGUUCAACGCGUUAUCCUCGUCAGUUUUGAAAUGAAAUAAUAGCUUCGCGUAACGUAAGAUCGAUUUAAACGACACAUAGUUAAAAAUGAAUUUUUAUAAUUAGCAGGCCUUUUCUAAGCAAGCUUUAAGAUUAAGUGAAACAAUCAGUAAGCUUUAAGCUUUCCGUAUUUGUAAGUUGUAUGACAUUUUUGACAUUAAAUUUUACUCACUUUUUCAAAGAAAGAUUAGUUUGUUCAAAACAAUGGAAGAGAAAUUAUUUAAACAAGAAUUCUCAACUGGAAUUAAAAACAAACGGAGUACAACUCUAAUUUUAGAUAAGUAUAUAUACUGAUAAUUUAUCAUUGAAGAUGUCCCUAAGAAAUGGAACAUAUAAUAUCGUACUUCUGCUUCAAGUAUGAAGGCAGAAAACCGUCGACAGGAUCCUGCUGUCGUCGAAGUUAUUAUUUCAUUGCUUUCUGUGCGUUCAAACGUAUUAGAACAGCGUGAGUUCCACAGUCUAUCGAUUACACGUGGCUCGUUUCGAAGGACAAAGCACGAGUCUGAACACGAAUUGUAUAAACAAACGGAUGUCAAUUGCAAUAUAAUAACUUUAGAUUUAAAAGUAAGAACGUCGGGAUUAUUCGACGUAACGAUCCGCUGUAAACGUUCUGCGACGACGCUGAUAUUAUCAAAUUCCAAGUCGAGUGGGGAAUUCACACGUUCGAAUUCAAAUAGAAAGAACUAAAUUCGGAGGCGAGCAAAAAUUCGGGACACGACGAAUUUAAUAGCCGCUUCGUGUUCUCAAAAUCGAAAAUGUAUUCUACCGUGUUUUUUCGGAUAGCUUUAACUUCUCAAGCAAUGGAAAUUAACGAGCCGAUUCUCGUUUGGUAGAAAUAUUCCGAGGAGGUGCAAUACACUGAUAGAAAAACAUUUCUUCAUCGUUUCAAUACAUUCUUGAUAUCUGAAUCGUUUUACUUAAAUUAAAAUUUAAUUACGGCUUCUUGCUCAAUAGGACUUUCACAGCAAAAUUUUAGAUAAUAACAAAUUAAAACAUUGGAAAUGUUUCUUGAUAUUUACAGUGUACUCUCUUAAAUGUUCACAGGCUGGGACCACACGUACUAAACAAAAUUUUGUGUCCAUUCAAAUAAGUUUCUUUGUUUCACAUAUUUGAUACUUGCUUAAACAGUUUGUUUAUUAACAAAUUUUACUGAUUUAUGACAAAAGUGGAUUAAUGAAACAGAGGGAAAUUUAAGAAUUGUGAAGAUAGCAAUAUGCUUUCGUUGAACUUCUCCUUUGUGUAUAAGAAACAUUAGUCCAGUGUAAAGUUCCGAAUUAAACCUAUAAAUGAUGCGAAACAUUUCUUUGAUUAAGUUGAAUUUCAAUCGUGUAUUGCUGACAGUUGACGACUGGUGUCUACGAGAAACGAAGAAUCGGCAAUGGAGAUUCUAUUUCGCGCUCAUAUAAUAACACACGAGGGCUUGUAGAAAUGAUGUGGUUCCAUCCCUCUAUUUCGCAAUCCGAUUCGCAUAAUUGUUUACCCGAGUUUCUUUGGCAUGUUAUGUACAUACGUAUAGCGAAAGUUACGAUACGUAAUUGAACAUGUAACAGAAUAACUUCUACGUGUCAUAAUCAUUUACGGUUACAAUCAUUCGCCAAUAAGAAAUACUAAUGUUAAGUCGAAUAAGUUCAACUGUGCCAUAUUUGUGAUCUAAAUUACACACCGACAUACACACAAAGAGACAUACAGAAUGAGAAAGCAAGAGAGAAAUACACAAACAUACGUACACACUGUCGUUAAAAUUAUCUCGGUGAUGAAUGAACAUUGUUUAGAGAAAUAGAGAAAUUAAUUGUAGCGCGUGGACAAAGUAACACGAAACAUUGUAUUACUAGAGAAUGUUUUAAGGCAACUUUACACAGUUGUAGCAACCAUACCAGUCUUCACGAUAAUUGUAUUCUAUAAUUUUCUGUUUAGUUUCUCUUUUCGUUUUAAUUCAACAUCGGAUCGCGCGUUAUCGUUUCAACGUUAUUCAAUGCUUAGCGCUCUUAACGAUUAAUUUCGAGACAAAGUAAAUCGCUUGUCCCUCGGUAUUCGUAAAUGUGAAUAGUUGUAUGUCGUUGUUUAUCGGUAGACUGCGAUCUUUAUGCGAGUUCCUAUUUCGUAAUCACGGGAUGUUUAUGAAACACAGAAUUUAUUUCGAUUACCGGAACGUUUCUAUAGGUGAAAUAUAAAUGAAAAUUAAUUGUUGUUAAUACAGGUGUUCCUUUGUAUUUUAUAUGCAUUUCAAAGGUACAUAAAGAUCCGCAGUCGGUGCUUAGGUUCGUUUUGUACUAUAACUAUAACUUAUUGUUGUAUGUAUUAGGCAAUUCCAAAAACAAUGCCGUUCACUCGUGAAGUUCUUUGAUGGUACUUGAUUGAAGGUCACUUCGGCGAAAGUGAGUUUCAAUUUGGAGACAGAAACUGAUGAGACUCACUCGGACAUCGUGUGUGAAAUUGACGCUUGAGAUACUCUAGAAGCUCAACGAAAUUGAUAGAAGAUGUUUUAAGGUGUCGAAGACAAACAUGCCAAAAUUUACCAGACCAAAUACCGUUCGAAUUAUGUGGUAGGCAUUCUUUCGCAUCGAAUGAUAAUCAUAAUGUGUAGGUGUUCCGUUUCUGGAACAGUCCGAGUAAUAAGUAGAGCAGUUUAUGCAGAAUUGUGUUUCUCUGAGAAUCAUGGAAAUAGGGAUUAGACAUUUUUGUUGUUCGAUGAAGAUUCUAUUAGAGUAAAAAUGACAUAGCUAGCAGAUUUUUAUCCGAAGGGAAACAGACUAUGGAGAUGCAUAGCUGUCGGUUAACGAUUUCAAAGAUUAUCAUCGUAGAUCAUUAACAUAGAGAUGUUGACAGCUUAACGAUUAUAAAUGUUUCUCAUUUUCGUGGACCAUCUCGCAAAAACUGGAAUCAAAGUAGAAUUGCAUUUCGUUUAUUAAGUAGUACGUUAGUUGAAAAAUUUCACGAUAUCAUCGCUCACGGUUCAAGUUCAUUUAAAAGUCGAUUACCUUAUCUUUUGACUUAUUUAUCGAAGUUGCAAUAUACAAUGGCAUUAUUUAUGGAAUCACCUGAUACGCGUUUUGACUCACGUCAUCGUUUGAAAGGCGAAUUGUACAUGGAAAAAUCAUGGAGAGAAAUAAAGUUCGCAGUAAUUUGUAACCUAUUUUACUUUGUCUCUGCGAUUUCCUCGAGUAUAUGACAAAGAAAAUUUCAAAGAAUGACAGACAAGGAAAUUGAUGACUUCAGAACAAAGUGAAAUAGGACACAGGUUCACAGGUAUCUUCUGAUUUUCUUUGCGCGUAUCCCGAUACGUUCCGAUACAGCCAGUAUAUGUGUAUAUGUACAUAAGAGUUGAUUUAUCGAUAUAAUAAUUUAAACAUUUCCACCUCAAGGUAUACAUUCAUCUUGCAAGUACUCCAACUCAUGCCUUCCAGACUUGUAAAUUGUUUCCAUUGAUAGCGCCGACGUACGUUUCGAGUAUCACGUAAUAACGACCGAAGUGUAAAGAAAUACGUACUUACUAAACGGAUUUUCAGUUGUUUCAAAUUUUCGUCGAGACAAAUUGUUUGCUUAAUUCUCGUUAACAUGCGCAUCGUUUCAAGCAAUAUGCGUUCACGAUAUCAUUCGUUGAGGAUACUUAAUCUUGUAACGUUAUAUUGUACAACGUUCAGUUUCAUUCUUUCAUCGUUCUACUACGAAACUCAUACUAGAACAUGUAGAAUUCCAGAUAACAGUAUAAAAGAAGUACUUCUUUUUCAAUUUUUCACGUCAUAAUAAAAUGUUGAUAGCGCGAUAUGUAUGAAAUAGAUUUAUACAUGACAAGUUUCUCUUUAUAUGAAAUAAAGAUGAAAUUCAUAUGAA